AUUCUCCUCUCGCUGGCCUUUUCUCUUCCUCUCUCUCUCGCUCGCUCUCUCUCUCUCUCUCUCUCAUCAACGCCACCGCUCACCGCCCGCCGCCAUGAUGGCCCGUAGAUCUGAGUUCCUCGUCCUCGUGGCCAUCGUCUUGAUCCUCAUCCAUUCCUCCGCCGGCGCUGGGAUGAGCGCAUACGAAGUUCUCCGGGUCAACGGCCUCCCCAGCGGGCUCCUCCCCAAAGGCGUGCGUGAGUUCAGCAUCGGCGAUGAUGGAAGCUUCGAAGCCCAUCUUGACCACCCUUGCCUCGCAAAAUUCGAGAACCAUGUCUUGUACCAGACCAACAUCUCCGGCUCUAUCUCCUUCGGCCGGAUCUCUUCCAUCUCUGGCGUCUCCGCACAGGAACUCUUCCUCUGGUUCCCCGUGAAGGCUAUCGUUGUCGAUGAUCCCCUCUCUGGUGUCAUCUUUUUCGAUGUUGGCGAUGUUCGGAAGCAGUUCCCCAUCUCGACCUUCGAUACCCCUCCCGACUGUGCCCCUACUGACGAGGAGGACGUUCUCGCCUUGCAUCGCGCCGGCGGUGGCGUUGGCGUUUGGCGAUCCUGAUCUUGAUCUUGAAGGUGCUGGAAUAAUUGUCCUUUGAGUUUAUCGAUUACAAAUUGAAAUCUUUUUCCAGAGUGGAGUUGUUUGCCAUGUCGUUUCGCACCGAGCCACCUAUUGUCCAUGUUUCCAUGUCUGUGCGCGAGAUGAAGAGAUACAACUACAACUAGAAGUCUAGAACUACAACUACAAAAGAGAGAAAGGUGGAGUUUUUAUGCAGUUGGAUCAGCCUGUUUAUGUUGGGGAACAGAAGCGCCUUCAAAUCUGUUUGAUAUAAUGUCUGUGAGUACUGCUUUGUUUUUUAAUUUUUUUCAUGUAUUUUUGAGUCUCUUUGAAUGCGGGAGUUCCUAUUGUUCAUAUGUAUGGUCUAGGAUCUUAUUACAUUUGAAAUAAGUGUUUCAAUUUCUUGUUUAAAUGCAGCUAUGCUUGUUUUUAA